AUGCAUCCGCCACCGCCUCCUCUGCGCAGCGUCUGCACACGAUGUGAAAUCUGUGCACAGGGCAGGCGCGAGCACGAUCUGCUGAACUUCGGGCGUUCUCUCGAGACCGUUCGCGCACGCGCGUUUGACAAGGGCCAGUUAGCGUCCUCCCCGUACCUCCUGCCCUCCCACGUAUUCUCCUCUUCCUCCGCCCCGCAGCCACUGCUAGAGUGUGGCCUCACAGCGUCCGGCGUCACCACAUCGACUGCCCGAGAUGCGAUAGGUCAGAUACGUCUGCGGGACGGCCUUGGCCAUGGAAUUUUUGCCACGCACUCGUUUUUGCUAGAGGUUUCUGCGGGUCUGGCGACCCUGGCGAGUCACACGAGCAUGCAACGCACGAGCUUGAGCUCGAAGCUCGCUUCUCCGACAUUGCAUCUCAUGUCAUCCCUUGUCCUGCCGUCGCCGACGGCGGCGGCGACGACGGUUCCAACGACCAUCCCGAGUAAGAAUCCGACGACAAGGGAGAGCACGUUUUUAUCAUAA